AUGAUCAGUAUAAUGGUCGUAUGUUUAGAUUCUGAAUAUGAAAGUCAAUGUCCAUUAGUAGGUAUCAGAAUUUUGAGAAGUCUUUCAAUUAUACCAAUUAUGAAUGAAGUGAAAAAGUCUAUUAUUCCAAUGAUCAAAGAGUUGCCUCCAAAAUGGAUUAGACCUUUAAUUUUAAGUUCAUUUAUGAUGGCUAUUGCUUUGAUAAUCUCUUUGAUUUACACUCUUCUGUAAAUUAUUAUACAAUUAAUUUAUAUAGUAAGAUCACAUUAAGUUUAUUGAUGAACCUAUUGUAUAUUAUAUUAAUAGUACUUAUUCUAUUAAUUAGCUUUGGUAUUAUUAAGAAUACAAUACAUAUUCCAUAAAAUUUAUAAUAAUACUUUGAGUAUAUAAAAUUUAUAUAUAAAUGA